AUGGUGGAACGCACGGCCGGUGUUGAUCUGUCCAACUACGAUGAGCCAGAGGUGCUCGACUACUUGUGCGAAGUCGUUCCCCUCCUCAUUCCGUGCCAGCGUGGCAAGCUCUACUCAAGCCUGCAGUCCAGCAUUCAAGACCUACGCCCCUUCAUCUCCGAAAGCACCAAGCCUUUGCUUGUCAUUCACUACAAGCGUGCCCAGGUCGACACCAAUGCCGCCGGCAACGAGGAUCAUGGUGACGACGACGACAUUCCAGAGGAUGAAAUUCGUGUCGAAUUUGAAGUGGGCUACCCAGGUAGCGGCUUCACGUCAGUCAUGUUCAUGAAGCGCAAUCCCGAUACUGCACUCUCACGUGACCGCGAGCUUCCGGACGCGUUUUUCAUCCACGUCUUUGCCGACG